UUCUGGUUCCGUCUCGGACGAUCACACGUGCCCGGCGCGCUCAGUCCCAUUAUUGCCGGCGAUCCCGUCGCGGCCACAGCGUACACGCGAUAUAGUAUAGGUACUACCAUCGCAGUCAACGACGACGUGGUACGAAAUUUAUAGCGUCGGACCCGCAAAGGUUUAAGACAUUUUUUUAAAUUCCAAAUUUAUUUUUUUUAACCGGUCGUUUUCGACGUGAUAAUAAUAGCUCACUCAGGAACAUAAUAGUAUUUAGGUAUUUCGUUUUUGAGAGGCCCCGCGGUCACUGGGAUCGACAAUUAAUACAAUAACAAUAAAACUAUACGAGUGCCUACCUAUAAAUUUAACGAUAACAUAUUUUAUAGUUAUACACUCUAAAACACCGUUUUUGCCGCGGGUUUCGUUUUUUCCGAUCGCAAUCAUACAACUAACUAACUCGACUACACGCGUCGCCGUUCAUCCAAGUUAAACAUAUUUUUUUUUGUUUUCAUUUGUUUUAUAUUACCAAUCUCGUAUUACUAUCGUCGGUUUCGCGACGUGCGAUGGUCCGGUCGCGCGAUCCGCCGGCAAUCGGUUGCAGGUGACGACAGACGACCGUCAGCACACAGCACUCGAACGUCGCUCGUCCAACGAUGACGACCGAUGACGAACGCCGGACAUGAACACUGGACCCGGUCAGGGCGCCCAUGGGCCAUCGUCUCUACCACACUGGUGGCCCGCCGACCCUCGUCACACCACUUCAUCCACCUCGGAUGUCAUGAGUCAGCUAUGUCGUGUGUGCGGAGAACCAGCCGCCGGUUUUCAUUUCGGAGCGUUCACGUGUGAAGGAUGCAAGUCGUUUUUCGGUCGGACUUACAACAACCUGAGUUCGAUAUCGGAAUGCAAGAACAACGGCGAGUGCGUGAUCAACAAGAAGAACAGGACGUCGUGCAAGGCGUGCCGGCUGCGCAAGUGUCUGGUGGUGGGCAUGUCCAAGAGCGGCUCCCGGUACGGUCGGCGGUCCAACUGGUUCAAGAUCCAUUGCCUGCUCCAGGAACAGCAGCAGCAGCAUCAUCAAAAUCACAACAACAACAACAACCAGCACCAUCAGCAACUCCCACACCACCACCAGCAGCUGCAGCAGCAGCAGCAGCAGCAGCAUCAACAACUCUCGCAUCAGCAACAACAACACAGGACAUCCGCGGGCCUGAAUUUUCAGCAACAGUCGGCGGCGGGUUGCAGAGUGUCGCUGGAUCAGGGCCGGACGCCACCGCUUUGGGCGGACGUCAAACACCACUUGCGCCUGGACGCGGACAACAACAACUCCGUAGCCGGUGACCUGAAUAAAGACGGCGCCGCCGGCCGGCUGUCCGUGUCGGCUGCUGCCGCCGCUGCGGCCGUCGUGCAGGCUGUCCGACCGGAACUGCUGCGUUGGCCCUCGCCGUUCUUCUCGGCGUUUCCGUUCCCUCCACCCGCACCGUUCUUCCUAGCCUUACAGCAGCAACAGCAGCAGCAGCAGCAGCAACUGCAGCAGUCACCGCAGCCGCCAACGCCGCCUUUGCAAUCACGCGGUCACCGGUCAUCGCGAAGUCCGUCGUAUCGGUCGUCGACCGCAGACGACGACAGCGGUGCAGGUGACCGUGACGAAGACGGCGAUGACGACGACGACGGGCCGCCAUCUUCCAAGCGCGUCGCCGUCCACCGUGACCCACCGCCGGUCCAGGAUUCGCCGAUGGACCUGUCGGUGACCGCGACCGCGUCCACGCCGUCUCGGCCGCCAUCCCUCGGUUCCCCGUCGCUCCUCCCGUACGUCGGCGGACGAUCGCCCGGCCACAGCCCAGAGGACCGGUUGCGCCGCAGGCGGCGGCGGAGACGGCAUCUGCAGGUAGACUUCGACGCUGCUGUCCGGACGUCCGGUUCGGACAACGACGACAGCGCGGCCGGAAGUGACUCGGCGUCAUUGUCAGACUCGAACGGAUCGGUCGACGGCCAUCCAGAGCCGGAGAAAAACGCGCCUCUGGACUUGACGUGCAACCGGUCGUAGACGAAAUUUUAUCUCUAAUAUUAUUAUUAGUAUUAUUAUUAUCAUUAUUGUGUAACGUAAUAAGAUUUUCGGUGUUUUUUCCGUUCUAUUUUCUCUCUCUCAUUAUCCGUCUCUAUUUCCUACGAAAUGUCGCUCACUCUGUAUCAUAAUGUAAUGACGUAAAAACCACGCUGAAUGUAUGUUAAAAUACAAUUAUUAUCAUUAUACUAUUAUUAUUAUUAUUUGUAUAUAUAUAUAUUGUAUAUAAUAUUAUAUAGUGUUAUAUGGCGAGAUCGAAUCGCUGUUCACGUGUACGUAAACAAAUUGUAAUAAACGAUGCGUGUAUAA